AUGGGUGAUAAGUUUGAAUACCGUGCUCUAUGUGAUUUGGGUUCUGUUGUAAAUCUAAUGCCCCUAUUUGUUUUUAAGAAGUUGCAAUUAGGGGAAGUCAAUCCUACCAUUGUUACUGUCCAACUAGCUGAUAGAAGUCUCUCUUAUCCAUAUGGCAUUAUUAAGGAUGUCUUGGUGAAAGUAGGUUCUUUUAUCUAUCCUACUGAUUUCAUUGUGCUAGACAUUGAAGAGGAUAAAGAGAUUCCACUUAUUGUUGAGCGACCAUUCUUGUCUACAGCUAGAGCUUUAGUGGAUGUUGAGAAAGGAGAUGUGAUUUUACGGCUUAGUGAUGAGCAAAUUAAAUUCAACAUGGACAAAGCAAUGAAGGAUUCUAAAGAAAAGAAAUAG